GGCGGGGACGCUCACGAGAGCUCUUGCGCAGGUAGUGACCAUCUCCUUCCUAGAGCGGUAGAGCCUGGGCCUAAAACCCCUGAGCUCGGUAUCCCAAUUCCGGCUUUCUCACCUUAAUAAACCCUAACACGCCGCCUCCGCCCGACGCCAUGCGGCGCCACCACCACAUCCUCGCCCUCCUCCGCCGCGCCGCCGCCUCCACCUCGACCGCAUCCCAGCGCGCGGACCCCCUCCUCUACCACAACCCUGCCCCACCCCGAAAUGGCGCCGCCGUGCUCUUCUCCACGCGCCUCUUCUCCUCCCGCGGCCGCUCCGUGGCCGGCGCCGCUAAGAGCCUGGUGGAGGACGAGGCGGACCUCAGCGACUGGAUCAGCGACCUCAAGACCGACUCGUUCCACCUCGGGCUCAGCAGCGGUGACGAAGGCGACGCGCCAUCCACCCGCAGGCCCCCCACCGGCGCCUCCAGGGGCGGCCGGGGUGGGCGGGACUCGAGGGGUUCGUUCUCGAGGUCGAGGUUUGGCGGCGGCGAGUUCGGUGGCGAUAGGCGCGGCGGCUUCGAGCGGAGGGGGAGGGUAAUGAGUAGUGACCUGGAUGAUGAUGAGGAUGAUUCCGGGUUUGGUUCCUCGAGGGGAAGGCGAGGGCGGGGUGGGAGGUCGUCGGGGCUUGCGAUGAGAGGAGGGAGGGGAAAUGGGUUUGAUGACGAGGCCGGGUUUAGGUCUCCUAGGGGACAGCGAGGCCGUGGUGGGAGAGGGUCAGGUGUGGCGCGGAGGGGAGGGAGUUACAGUGAUUUGGAUGAUGGUGAUGCUGGAUUUGGGCCUUCGAGGGGAAGACAGGGUCGUGGUGGAAGGAUGUCUGGUUUCUCGCAGAGAAGAGGAAGAGGGAGUGAUGACAGUGAGGAGGACGAUGAUGAUGCCGUUGGGUUUGGGCGUUCUGAAAGAAUGCAGCAUCGGGGUGGCAGGAGAGGGGGAAGGGCAGAGAGUGUCGGACCGCAUCAAGGCUGGAGCAGGAGUGAUUUGGGUGUAUCGCGGAGGGGAGGGAGGUAUAGUGAUUUGGAUGAUAAUGAUGAUGAUCGUGACAUCGGAUUUGGAUCCUCGAGGGGAAGACGGGGUUGUGGUGGAAGGAUGUCUGGUGUGUCGCAGAGAAGAGGGAGGGAAAGUGAUUUGGAUGACGACGAGGAUGACGAUGACGAUGAUGAUGUGGUUGGCUUUGGUGAUUCUGGUGCUAGGGGAGUGAAAAAGUUUGAUUUUGGCUUGUCAGAGGAUGAUGAUGAGGUGGGGAAAGUUGAUGAGGAUGAUGACCCAUCAGGUUUCGAAGAUGAUCUCUUUGAUGAUGAGGGCGGUAAGGAGUCCGGCUCUUUUAAAUUAGACAAAGAAGAGGAAGUUAAACAUAAGAGUAUAGCGGGCACAAGAAGUACUGGAGGCAGUGAUUCUUAUCUGAGCCAGAAGAGGUUUGAUGAAUGCCCACUAUCUCCCUUGACACUAAGAGGUGUUAAGGCUGCUGGGUAUGAACGAAUGACUGCUGUCCAGGAGGCUACUCUUCCCAUCAUUCUUCAAGGGAAGGAUGUACUAGCCAAAGCAAGGACAGGAACUGGAAAAACUGUAGCUUUCUUGCUUCCAGCCAUUGAAGUUGUCUCAAAAUUACCACCUGUCGAUCGUGAUCAAAAGAGGCCUCCCAUCAGUGUUGUUGUAGUGUGCCCUACACGUGAGCUUGCUGAUCAGGCUGCUGCAGAAGCUAACAAGCUUCUUAAAUUCCAUCCAUCAAUUGGAGUGCAGCUUGUAAUAGGUGGCACUAGAAUGGCUCUUGAACAGAAGCGCAUGCAUACUAACCCUUGCCAGAUUCUAGUAGCUACUCCAGGAAGGCUUAGGGAUCAUAUGGAGAACACACCAGGGUUUGCUACAAGGUUAAUGGGUGUCAAAGUUCUAAUUCUUGAUGAAGCUGAUCGCUUAUUAGAUAUGGGAUUCCGAUCUGAUAUUGAGAAAAUAGUGGCUGCGCUCCCAAAACAGCGUCAAACACUCCUAUUUUCCGCGACAGUUCCGGAUGAGGUUCGUCAAGUAUGUCACAUUGCCAUGAAAAGGGAUCUUGAAUUUGUCAACACUGUUCAAGAAGGAAGUGAGGAAACACAUUCUCAGGUGAAACAAAUGCAUUUAAUUGCACCACUAGACAAACAAUUCUCUAUCCUAUAUGGUCUUCUAACUGAUCAUAUCUCCGAAAAUGUUGACUACAAGGUGAUUGUAUUCUGUACAACAGCAAAAGUAACAAGCCUUGUUGCUGAGCUUCUGUCUGAACUGAAGUUGAAUGUACGUGAGAUCCAUUCCAGGAAACCUCAAAGUUACAGAACCAGGAUAUCAAAAGAAUUUAAGGAGUCAAAAGGUCUCAUUCUUGUUAGCUCUGAUGUAUCUGCCCGGGGUGUUGAUUAUCCCAAUGUCACGCUGGUUGUGCAGUUGGGGGUGCCAACUGACAGAGAGCAAUAUAUUCAUCGACUUGGUAGAACUGGUCGCAAAGGUAAUGAUGGGGCAGGAGUCUUAUUAUUGGCACCAUGGGAGGAAUAUUUCUUGAGAAGUAUCAAGGACUUGCCUGUUACAGAGGCAACACAACCAUUAAUUGAUCUGGACACUAAGAAAAAGGUUGAUAAGGCUCUUGCACACGUGGAGGUUAAGGACAAGGAAUCCGCUUACCAGGCAUGGCUUGGUUACUACAAUUCAAAUAAGUUCAUUGGACGUGACAAAUACCAGCUCGUAUCACUCGCCAACGAGUUCAGUAGAAGUAUGGGUCUCAAUAACCCUCCUGCAGUGCCUAAGCUUGUUCUCAGGAAGAUGAGUCUGAACAACAUUCCAGGUUUGCGAGCGAAAUAGUUUAGUACAAUGAAGCCAAGCCAUGUUGCCGCAUAGUCUAACAUCUCCGAUAAAACGCCCGUAUUGGUAGGAGUUUUGGAGCUAGCUUAAUAAAACAAGGUUGGUCAUGCUCGCAGAAGUUCUUAAACUUCAUAAUAUUGUCUUCAUUCUUGUAUCCUGUAAGGGCCUUGACAAAGCACGUAGUCAUAGCUUUGGAGCACCAUAUUUUUGCGUU